GAUCGCCUCUCACGAUGGUUCAACGGGGAGGCAAACGUUUGAAACAGCCGCCCUCGUCGUCGUCGUCUCCAUCAGCAGCAGCAUUAAUUACUUCGAAUCAGUUAUUGGCUACCCAGGACGCCGCCAUUCUGCAUCCUCACCAAAGUGGUGACACAACGGCAGCACCAGCAGGGAUAGGGACAACGUCGUCGUCGUCCUCGAUACUGAAGGAGCUCUAUCGUAUACAACCAGAGGAUCCUACUAAGCCAGACCUAUCAGCACUCAAGGAAGUCGCCAGCGUUUACUGGGGCACGUCCCUCGUAGUGGACCUGGACAGCAUAAGCAUACCCAGCAUAGAUGACCUGCUUGAAUUGUUGAAGGCUUUUGCUCAUCGAGCCAAGCAAGCACGAUCGCCGAUGGGUCAGUUGCACCUUACGAACAUAGCGAUCUUGGACUCUCUGGAGGGGAUUCGUGCCUUGGUGGAUGCAGUACGAGAAGUCCUGUCUACCGAGGAGGAUGGGAAAGAGAGUCCCCCUAUAUGUCAAAUAUUAUUCUUGAGUAUUCAGUGUUCGCCCGAGGAGACAAUUCAACUCGAGUCCCUCUGCUUGAGUAUCGCGAACGAGGUUAUAUUCCCGGCCAAAGGGGGUCCUAGAGCUGUGAGUCGUCUCACAGCUGAGGAACAAAUCGAUGCCUCUCGGAUCAAAUGCCAGGUCGAUGUUGAUGCUAGUAGAGAUCAGACCACAACGGUCGGAGAUACUGGAGAAGAAUCGGCUCCUGCUGAGCUUUCUCAAGUUGAGAAUGUCCCCAAUAAUAUCGAUAAAGGGUCUCUGGGGUUAGACGACAUAGCACUGGUGCAGUGCGAUCACUGCCAUCGACGGAGGUUCGUCAACAACGCAACUGCGCAGUGGGUUGCUCACUUGAGUGACUUCUCUUGUUCUAUGCUCGAAGGUUCACAGUGCACUGCGGAUGACGACUGGCCUCUUGCUCUCUCUCCGUCAACAGCACCAUCACGUACGGCUGAAGCGGCUAGGCCUUCAGUUAGAGCGACUGGGCAGAAGCGGAAUAGAUCAAAGUCGAGAGAGGCUCAACUCGAUAUGGAGACUCCCGUUCUAUCUGCACCAUCUGUUGCCAACAAGAAGAGGAAGACGACGCCACGGAGUAGGCCGAAGGUGCUCAGUCAUGCUGAAAAUGUCGAGGCUCGCGAUGCGGCUGAGAUUGCUGGGACUGGAGAGGCGAAUGAGACAGUGAAGAGCGAGAUCCCGGCCCCGAAAGAGACGAUUCAUGAGAUAGAGAAGGACAAACAACCGCGUAGACGGAAUCGGAGAUCUGUGGAGGCCGGAACGCAAGCCUUGUUCUUAUCACUGCUCACUCCCAUUAUACAGCACUCAGCCAGCGUACUACUGUUAGCACAAGAUGCUCCACCGAAGAGCCACAAGGAGGUCUUAGCGAUACCAGACUCGUGUUUCGAGGAGGAAGUAGCAGUGACAGAUCUUCUCGAGUUAUUGAGGAAGAGCGACAUUAGCAGUCUCAGAUUCGUGAAGUUCCCUGCUGGGGACUGCCGUUUCGUCAGAGUAUUCAACCAAGACCACAUGGAGUCCUUCGUUGACAUUCUGGCAAAGUUCCACAAUAUCACUCACGUUGACUUUGGAGGCAUCGCUACGACAGCCGCGGGCUCAGAGCUUCAAACUUGGCGUCCCUUGAGUCGAGGCUUCUCUCAUACUGGAGUCUCCCACUUGUGUCUAAAUCAUGAGAGAAUGCGGCCUCCUGUGCUCCGAGCUAUCCAGAGCGGCCUUGCUAAGACUCAGGGGCUCAUAGAAAAGAUACGGCAGACUCAAGGGGUCAGCAAUGACGAGUUGGAUAAAGUCGCCCGGCCUUACUAUCCUCCGGCGUGGAUACCGCCUUCUGGCGACGACAGCGUCGCUGCUGGUACACUAUGAGAUUGAGCUCGCCUUUUCGCAUACUACUA